AAAGUGCCCCGGGGCGGCGAGGGGCCGCAACAGUGACGACUGUGGCAGAGAAGGCCCGGAGGGGCUCUGCGUUGUGUAGUGGCGCUGCUUGGGCCGGUGGCGGAUUGCAAGCUGCUGGUUUUGCGGCUGGGGAGAGCGGCGAGAGGUUUCGGCAUUUUUCGUCGGGAUCCCCGCAAGGAUGAGUGCUGCCAGAGAGUCUCACCCGCAUGGGGUGAAGCGUUCAGCCUCCCCAGACGACGAUCUGGGAUCUAGCAAUUGGGAGGCAGCAGACUUGGGUAAUGAAGAGAGAAAACAAAAGUUCUUGAGACUUAUGGGUGCAGGAAAGAAAGAACAUACUGGUCGUCUUGUUAUAGGAGAUCACAAAUCAACAUCUCACUUCCGAACAGGGGAAGAAGACAAGAAAAUUAAUGAAGAACUGGAGUCUCAAUAUCAGCAAAGUAUGGACAGUAAAUUAUCAGGAAGAUACCGGCGACAUUGUGGACUUGGCUUCAGUGAGGUAGAAGAUCAUGAUGGAGAAGGUGAUGUGGCUGGAGAUGAUGAUGACGACGAUGAUGAUUCACCUGAUCCUGAAAGUCCAGAUGAUUCUGAAAGCGAUUCAGAGUCAGAGAAAGAAGAAUCUGCUGAAGAACUCCAAGCUGCUGAGCACCCUGAUGAAGUGGAGGAUCCCAAAAACAAAAAAGAUGCAAAAAGCAAUUAUAAAAUGAUGUUUGUUAAAUCCAGUGGUUCAUAACUCCCAAACGCUUAGUCUUUGUAUUAAAAGUAAGCCUUAUUGUUAUAAUGCACAGUGGAGGACUGCUUAUAGAGCACAGACCUUUGUAUUAUAAUUUUUAAAAAGGCCCUUUUAAAUAAUUACAAAGAGUGUUUGCUUUCAAAUGCCAUGGGUUACACUUUUAUGGGCAUGACUAUAACCAUUUUUGUAAAGAGUAAGAGUUGUAUAAAAUAAAUAAAUACAGUACUCAACUUCCUUUCAUAUUAGCAUCAUCAACCCUCUAAUUCACCUUAUGGGGGAAAUGCUUCUUUUUGUUUGUGAUAGCUGUUUUAUCAUUUCCUUCAUAUUUUUCUCUUAUAAAAAUGUAUUUGAUACUGUGAUCUGUUCACGAAAAGUAUUCUUUAAUUAUUCUUUGUUAUAGUAGAGCUGUUCAUUAUGGAUAUUUCUGCUGCCAGUCACAAUCUAAAUUAAUUUUGGCAAAAGAUUGGGUACUUAGUUUCCUGUUACUGAGUUAGCUCUACUCUUUUGGACCAAAGCAACAUGAGAGCAAGUACUUUUCACACUUGUUAAGAUGGAGUUAUAACUGUCAUACAUUUGGAAUAUUAUGAUCCCAAGUAGUCUUUUUAUAAUUUGGAUUAUAUCGUAUGUUAGAUUUUUGAUAAAAUUUGGCCAAUUUUUACAGAAGAAAUUAUUUCUCUGAUCCUUUAGUUCUAUUUAGAAAUAUGUAAAACUGGAUUUUUUUUUUAAGUAAUAUGUGACCAAAGUUAAUUUUGUCCCAAAGGUCUAAAUAAAGAGCAGUUUCCCAUAUUUGGCUGUGAUAUCUUUAUCCUCAUUAUCUACAAAUGAGGAACAGGCUUACUGAUAAGAAGCUGAAACAAGAAAUUCUCUUCAUUUUAUCCCAGUGCUAUUUUAUUGAUUAAUUACUAAAAAGUAUUACUUUCUAAUUUUAUUGCUGUUUCUGUUGGUGUGAGAGUAGAAUCAUCUGACUGCUAUAAGGUGGUUGAUUUGUACAGCUCAUGAACACAAAUUGCAUUAUGAGCUAGUAAAUGGAUCUUUGAAUAAUUGGGUCCAAAUUCUUAAUGUUUUUAAGUAACAAGUUCAAAAGGCUUUAGUCACACCUGUGAGCUGAACUAUUAUACAUCUAGGUAUUUAAAGGAUGUAUUUGGAGUGUUGGAUUUUUUUUUUUUUUUUUUUUUUUUUUUUUAGGUGGAGUCUUGCUCUGUCACCCAGGCUGGAGUGCAGUGGCGCGAUCUCAGCUAACUGCAACCUCCGCCUCCCGGGUUCAAGCGAUUCUCCUGCCUCAGCCUCCCGAGUAGCUGAGAUUACAGGCAUGUGCCACUACUCCUGGCAAAUUUUUUGUAUUUUUAGUAGAGAUGGGGUUUCACGGUGUUAGCCAGGAUCGUCUUGAUCUCCUGACCUCGUGAUCCAGCUGCCUUGGCCUUCCAAAGUGCUGGGAUUACAGGCGUGAGCCACCACGCCCAGCCUUGGAGUGCUGGAAUUUUAAAAAAUUAUUCUUAUGUCACUUUGAAAUUUAGAACGUGUUGCCAGGUGCGGUGGCUCACACCUAUAAUCCCAGCACUUUGAGAGGCUGAGGUGGCUGGAUCACCUGAAGUCAGGAGUUUGAGACCAGCCUGACCAACAUGGAGAAACCCCAUCUCUACUAAAAAUACAAAAUUAGCUGGGUGUGGUGGUGCAUGCCUGUAAUCCCAGCUACUCAGGAGGCUGAGGCAGGAGAAUCACUUGAACCCAGGAAGCGGAGGUUGCAGUGAGCCAAGAUCACCCAUUGCACUCCAGCCUGGGCAACGAGAGCAAAACUCCGUCUCAAAAAAAAAAAAAAAUUUAGAAUGUGUUAGAGAAAUUUAGCAAGUAGAACAGGUGAUUUCUGGUUGAUAGACUCUAUCUUGCAGUAUAUUUCAUGUAUCAGACCCCAAAGUUGUUGCCUUUUUGUUUUUAAUUUCUCACAUUUUUGAAAAAUAGAUGCUACCCUCUAUAGUAAAAUAUUGAAUCACUUGAUAGACAAUACAUAUGACAUUUACAAAUACUUGGUUUGAAAAAGUUUGGCUUUAUUCAACAAUUUUAGUUUGCCCACUGAUUUUCAAAUGUCUGGGAUUGCUUAUAACUAAGUAGAAAGUGAAGAUUGAUUUUUACUUAAGAAUGGGAUAGAGAUGAGUUUUAUGGUUGUUAAAAGUAUUUUCAGUUCAUUAUUUAAAUGUCGGGUUGUUGAUAUGGUCUUGUUUCUGAUAAGGAAAUAGGAGCACCUUGUUUUAAAAUAACUACACUAGAAGACUUUCUUCAUCUCCGUAUAGAGAAAUCCAGAUUUCAAUUAAUUCAUGUAUUGGGUGUUAACAAAAUUCAGGGUUAGAGUAAAUUUAGGUCGGUUGGUCCAUGUGGCCUGGUUUCCUAGCACCCAUUAAACAUAAUGCUAUCUUAAGCAUGAACAUGUGGGUUUUUUAAAUCAAAUUGGAAAAAAAUUAGACAACUGAUGUCAUGCUGUCUUGGUAUCCAUACUAAAAAAGUAUCAGGAAAAUAGAUUAUUUUUGUGCUGUGAAACACUAUUCAGUGGAAAGUUCAGUGGCAACUUUUCCAUAUCAUUCAUAAUUUAAUACCUGAAAUGCACUUUUAAAUGUUUGCCUUAUAUCCAAGUGUUUACUUGUACCCAUAACCUAACCGUCUAUUGAAUGUUUGCGGAUACAGAUUGCAAUGUUUGUAUUCAUAGGCAAAAGUCCUCUUCUCUAGUAUAAUUUUUUAAAUCUGAGAGAAUUGAAGGUACAGAAAAAAAGUCUGGAGUGCCUGAACCAUAGUUUGAGAGCACAAAGGUCACAUUCUUUCAGUAAAUUUGGGGGAAAUAAAUUUCAGCUACCUGGUUAGCUUCAGUGACUACUUACACACAGGGCUUUGGUUCCAUUACUUGUUUCCACCACAGCCACAUCCUAAAUACUUGCAGUAUCCGAAAACAACUUCUAAAAUCACUCAAUAAAAAUAUUCACUUCUAA